GGAAGCCAGCACAACAAGCACCACAGUCCACAAUAGAUAAGAGUGCCACGUCUUGUCUAUUUAAAGUAGCAUUUUCCUAGACGGAAGGCACCUGUCUGGCGAUGUCAAGCCUGACCUUUUCUUACAAUCAAGAAGAGACUGCUUCCAUUCUGUCUCAAGUUACCUUACCUACAGAUUUUCUACAGACUCCGGCAUCCGAGCUGAGAGCACGGGAUUAUGAACGCGAAUCGAGAAAAUUACUAAACCAUGAAUUACACUGCGUCACUUUAGCAGAGUAUGUACGAGCUCAGAGGAUCCCGAGGGGUCUCCGCAUGUCUACCCGACCUACAAUCUUCAAGGAAGAUAAAACCUUCUGCGACCAAUUUGAACAAAUAUUAAAUAAAUGUUCUUUUGAUUUGAUGACAUUGACCAUAUCACAUUUGCAAAAAUCCAUAAUCUCGAUUAAGGAAUCCAUUACUGCAGCAGAACAGCAGCUCAGGACGACAUUAGCACCAGAAGCCCUUACUCAACUACAAGAUCGACUAACAUCCACUCUGGCAAAUCACAGAAAAGAAUCAGAGGCAGCAAAGAGAAAAAAAUUCUUGAGAGAUUCGGAAGAUUACAGAAACAAUCGCGUAUACAGAUGGCAGGAAUCCUACUUCUCACAAAACCGCAGGAGAUCAUCUUCACAAGUUUCCUCAGGUUCCAGUACAGACACCAAUAUGGAAUCUUCUCGAUCAACCGGUUUUUUAGGCCGACGCACACAAGGCAGAAACCGAUACGGAGGGGUGGACAAUCAAAGAGGACGAGCGACAGUCACGACGCGCUCACAGAUGCACUAAGAACCGGACCCCCACCAUGCUUGCCGUCCUGUUUCUGUAU